GCGUGUUGCAUGCAUUGUUAGUUAUUCGAGGAUGAUUGAAAAAGUAAAUUGAAGUGUGCGGAGUUGGAAAAAAAACGAUCCGAUGAUGGUCUUGGACCAUUUAAAGUUUAGUUGUCCUUCCAUAGCAAGUAAGACAUUGUGGAAAGAACGCCCGUGGAUACCUGAGAAAGCUUCAAACGUACUUGAAGCUUUCGAGGCCGUGUUCAUGGAACUAUGAACCUGGACUCGUUGUCUUUUACUUUGUCGCAAAUAAGUUAUUUAGUUGGCUCAUUAACUAAAAAGAACUCGAAGCAAGUUGUAGAGGAGUUAACAAAGUUAGUGACUCUGCACGGGUUAGAGGCUGACCGACACUUGCUGCAAUGCCUGUUCUCUUCGGUGGAUUUUACUGAAACAUCUUCUGGUAAAAUAGUUGCGCCACCAACAACACCACAUAGUCAACUUCUAUUGGAACAGUGUUCUCAGCUACUCAACAAACCAUCCCUGUUGUCAUCUAUCUGUUACAUCACAGAUAAACCUAUCAAUAGUCAAAAGACAUUGAAGGUUGGGUCUCAAUUCUUUCAACAAUUGUGCAAGUGCCUACGCCUGACGCCGGUGCAAGAAGCAAUCUUCGCACUCGCCUUUUGCCACUCAUCGAAUUCCGAAUUAGUGAGUUAUGCUCAGAACAGAUUACGCGAGUGCAUCCCCGAUUUGGUGAAAUCGUACGUGGACACCGAGGGUAGUAGCAGUCAACACGCGGGCGGCCUUCACGAGACAACACCUGAGGUCCUACACUUAAUCCUCUCAGUGGUGCUUAAAUCUCCAAAAGACGUUGGUCUUAGCAACGAUCUUCAUACUACCUUCUUAGCGACAUUGAAAAAAGACUUUCCGAAAGAUAUAGUUCCGGUCGUUUUAGCGCCGCUCGUGUAUCCGGAGGAGUGCGAAAUCGGCCCCGAGAUGAGCUCGGAGGGCCCCGGUUUAUCCGGGGGUAUGUUGGACACGUCCCUAUCGGACAUUAUACGGGAGGUCGGGUUCGGAUUUACGGCCAGCGUCGAGGAGUGUCGCAAUACGUUCUUGAAAUUGGGUGUGCGCGAUAUCACGUCUGCUCACGUGGCUCGAAUUCUGACGGUAAUGUGCCAACAAACCAGCACCAUAGAGGAUUCUAUUAAUUUACAGCAACCGGGUUCGUUUAAUAAAUCUUUGGAAGGACGAACAUGGAACAUUGAGGUGUUUAUACAGACAAUUAAAGAGGUGAAUCCGAAUUUUGCCUGGAGUAGCGUGAUUAGUGAUUUAGACCAUAACGGUUUUAUGCUAAAAGACCGGCAAGGAUUAAUUACAUUGUUCAAGGCUCUGCGAUUAGGACUUCAAAAUAGUGGGUUUCAUCCAGACACGUUCCCUGUUGAUAAAUUUUACCGUGUAUGGGUUAAUUACGAAGGACAAUUCAGUUUGAUUCAAUUGAUAUUGAAAAAUCCCGAUGUGUUCUGCUUCGCUGAUUAUCCAAGUUCAUCAGUUGCUAUUGAUAUGCUAAAAACACCACCUGAACAAGACAGCAAAGAAUUAGCAAAUUGGAGAUCGUUAAAUUUGAUUGAGUUACUGUUACAUUUAUCAGAAUGCAACAAUCUUUAUCAUCCCGUUUACGAGUUGUAUAAAGUGCCAUUAACAACUAUUCCCGACGUGUUGGUUCUUGCACUUAUACAAGUCCACGGUUCUGUAACGAUGCUCCGACAGGAACUUUUAACGAAUUUAAUACCGAUUUUUCUUGGUAAUCAUCCAAACUCGGCCGUCAUUUUACAUCAUGCCUGGCACACGCAAACGUUAAACUUUAAAAACAUCAUCAUGCAUUCGAUGGCUGAAUGGUAUACAAGGGGUGAAUGUGAUCAAACUCGAUUAUCCAGAAUUCUAGAUGUAGCCCAAGAUUUAAAAGCGCUUUCCAUGCUGUUAAAUGCUCAAUCAACACAAUCUUAUCCUUUUAUUAUCGACUUGGCCUGUUUGGCUUCGAGAAGAGAAUAUCUUAAAUUAGAAAAAUGGAUUGCUGAUAAGAUCCGAGAACAUGGUGAAAACUUUGUUUUUGCUUGUAUAAAAUUUUUACAUAGGAGGUGUCCUCAAUUAUUAACUGGUAAAAAUGACGAACCUUCUUUAGCAAAGAUACCUCCACUUCCAACAGAAACCCUGACCACGAUUCUGAUGUGCCUGCAAUCUUGCGCCGGAAGUGUUAGCGCCGAAUGUCAAGAAGCAAUCAUCCAACUAGCAACAACUUGCAACAUGUACUUAAAAGCGCGUCAACAACCAACGACUUUAAUUCGAGCGAAUCGUAUGGACGGACCAUUCAAUCCAACAGCAAUGGGACCUCUUUAUAAUCCUCCAACAGUCGAUCAACUUUCCGGUCUCGGAAACACACUCGCCAACAUCAGCUUAGGCGGUCCAGCGAACUCAACGUUCAACUUACAAGGCGGAUUGGGGCAGCUCGUUCCGUCGCCGGGAUCUCCUUCGCGUAUUUUAGGUGCUGGACCGGGACCUUCAAACAGUCCGUUUCCAAUGUUACCCUUACAACAUCAAGGACCGGUCGGAACGGGGGCUUCCCUCGUUCCGAACGUUACAAAUUUAAGUAGUCUGAAUAGAUUGGCGCCGAAUCCAGCUUUGGAUAAACCGCCGAGGAUUCCCGACCAGAACGUCUUCCCCGAUAUGGCCAACGUUGCGAAGGACAUAGAGGACGAAGCAAACAGUUACUUUCAGAGGAUAUACAAUCAUCCGCCGCAUCCAACUUUAUCGAUUGAUGAAGUUUUGGAAAUGCUUAAGAGAUUUCAAGAUUCACCAAUUAAACGGGAAAGAGACGUAUUUAAUUGUAUGUUGAGAAAUUUGUUUGAAGAAUACAGAUUUUUUCCACAAUACCCAGACAAGGAACUAUAUAUCACAGCACAACUUUUCGGUGGGAUAAUUGAAAGAGGUUUGGUAACAUCUUAUAUGGCUUUAGGCUUAGCUCUCAGAUUCGUUCUUGAUGCUCUUCGGAAGACUGAGGGAUCUAAAAUGUAUUAUUUCGGGAUAGUCGCUUUAGAUCGCUUUAAGUCAAGACUGAAGGAUUAUCAUAAAUAUUGCGAACACGUUCGAGCGAUACCGCACUUUAAUGAAUUUCCACCACAUUUGGUCGAGUACGUUGAAUUUGGAUUGCAAAGUCUGGAACCCCCAACAAAACCUACCGGUUCGGUUCUUCCUGCGAGUUUAGCUACAAUGCUGGCUCCGGUUAGUAGUAAUUCGAGUACUCAAGUGUACAAAAGUAGUUCAUCUUCGGUAAUAACCUCAAAAACGAGUACGACCACGACUCCGUUGGGUACAAGACCUUCGAUUGCAAAUGCGACGAACAUUGAUACUUUAUUGGUUGCGACUGAGAAAGAGGAAAAGAUCACGUCGCCACCGGAAAGUUUACAAGAUAAAACAGCGUUUAUUUUUAAUAACUUGAGUCAGUUGAAUUUGCAAACGAAGUGUGAUGAAGUAAGGGAUAUUGUAACGGAAGAGUAUUGGCCAUGGAUUUCUCAGUAUUUGGUUAUGAAGAGGGCAUCCAUUGAACUCAAUUUUCAUGGGUUAUAUUCUAACUUUUUGGAUUGCUUGAAGAUGCCUGAAGUGAAUAGAAUGGUUACUAAAGAAACUUACCGUAACAUCAAGGUUUUAUUGAGGGCAGAUAAGGUUAUUGCAAAUUUUUCGGAUCGAUCAUUAUUGAAAAAUUUGGGACACUGGUUAGGCAUGUUAACCUUAGCAAGAAAUAAGCCAAUUCUUCAAAACGAUCUUGAUUUAAAAUCGUUAUUAGUUGAAGCUUAUCACAAAGGUCAACAAGAGCUUCUUUAUGUGGUUCCCUUCGUGGCGAAAAUCCUAGAAUCGUGUGCGAAAAGUAAAGUGUUUAAACCACCAAAUCCAUGGACCAUGGCUAUAAUGAAUGUAUUGGCAGAAUUGCAUCAAGAGCCGGAGUUAAAGUUAAACCUGAAGUUUGAAAUAGAGGUACUAUGCAAAAACUUGGAUAUUGAAGUGUCUCAAUUAAAACCUUCAGAUUAUCUUAAAGACGCCGAACGGUUGCGAAAGAUUGAAUAUCAACUUUCGCAACCGCUUAAGAAAGACAGUUCGCAAGUAGCGGUUUCUCAAUUGAAUAUUGCCACGACUAGUUUGAAUGAACCAGAAUUAGCUCCGGUUCCUGGUCAAACAGCUAGUUCACCACCUGCAAUGCAGAAUAACAGUACAACCCCCACUUCUUCCGUUGCCGCUCCAGAACCACGUUUCAGUUACAUGGACAUCCAAUUGGCAGGAAGUACAGCGUUACAAAACCACCUUACAAUAAAUCCAACAAUUCUUUUAUUCCAAAGUCAACCACAAUUAAAGCAAUUGGUUCGACCAGCGGUAGAAAGAGCCGUAAAUGAAUGGGUACUUCCCGUAGCUGAAAGAGCAAUUAAGAUUGCUUUACAAACGUGCGAGCAUAUUAUUAGAAAAGAUUUCGCCUUGGAUUUUGAAGAAAAUCGAAUGCGAGUGGCGGCUCAUUAUAUGGUACGAAAUUUAACAGCUGGAAUGGCUAUGAUUACAUGCCGAGAUCAACUUUUAGCGUCGAUAAAUGCUCAAAUGAAAGGAAGUUUACAAAGUGCAAUGGUUGGAGCUACAACUCAACAAAAAGAGAUGAUUGAUCAAGCCGCAACGAUGAUCGCCCAAGAUAAUAUGGAACUCGGAUGCGCUGUUAUUCAAAAAACUGCAAUAGAAAAAGCAAUUCCUGAAAUUGAUAAAAGGUUAAUGAGCGAAUUUGAAUUGAGAAAAAUUGCUCGACAAGAAGGACGAAGAUACUGUGAUGCAAUCGCUUUAACUUAUCAAGCUGAAAGAAUGCCCGAACAAAUCCGAUUGAAAGUCGGUGGUGUUACCCCGCAACAAAUGGCUGUUUAUGAAGAAUUCGCGAGGAAUAUUCCUGGUUUCUUACCAAUGUCUGAACGAGAAACUGCACUGUUUAUGGCAAAACCCAUCGUUGCCAUGGAACCACAAGGUCAUCCUGCUACCCCAUUUCAAGUGGCACAAUCUGGAGCGAUCGCCUCGGAUGAUUUAACAGCACUUUUUGAAAAACACGCAAUGGAUGUUGAACAAUUUAUUCACGCUAUUAGUGGGGCUACAUCGCUUCAAGCUAUGGCUACAAAUUUGCAUUUAUUAAGAGAUUUUUUGGUCAAUGCUAUGCGUAAUAGAGAGGUUAAUUGUGCAGCAGCCAUUGUACAAAAGUGUGUAGAAGCUCUACAAGAAAACCUUGUACCAACAGAAGCAGAACCUGUUAUGAUUCGCUUAAAAGAGAUUAUAAUUCGAAUAUUAAAAUCUCUUCAAGAUCCUCGAGCGUUUGGACAACAAUGGACCAACAAACAAGUGACAAAGUGCCUCAGCGAAUUUCGAGACGAAAUGCGUUUUAACGAACUUGCAGCCGAAGCGUUAAUAAGAAGCGGUUUGGUUAAUAUCGCGGCUUUCGACGGAGCUUUGGCUCAACUUUUGGAUACAAACGGAAGUUAUAGAGCACUUAAUAUGGCAAUACUUUUAUUACAAAAUUUAUUUAUGGACGAUAGACCGACGCCAUUGGUUUCUGAAAACGAUUUCUAUCAUACGAUUGAGAUUUUAAUGAAAAUUAACAACCACGCUAGACAACCAUCAGAAAGUUUAGCAAAUAUUAUUGAUAUGCUUCGGCAUAAUCAAGAUCAAAUAUUUAUGAGUGAGAGGUCUCCUGGUGGACCUACUUCUCACAUUCAUAAUGGAAUUUUACAAGUUAGGGCAACGCAUUUUGAGGAUCCACCUGGAUUUGUAGAAAGAAUUGAUUAUUUAAUUCGAGAAUGGAUAAAUGUUUAUAAUUCUCAACCGACAAGUAGAGAUUCAACGAAACCUUUCAGUAUGUUUGUUCAUCAAAUGAAUAUCCACGGAAUGUUAAAAACCGAUGAUUUGAUAACUAGAUUCUUUAGACUAUCAACACAAUUAUGUGUUGAUUUAGUCUAUAGAUAUAUGACGGAUCAAACCACUACAGGAAACCACCUUCGUGUUAAAUGUUACAAUACAUUGGACGCAUACAUUAGACUAGUUGCGUUGUUGGUGAAACACUCCGGGGAUUCGAGUAAUACUACUCCAAAGAUUCAUCUGUUGAAUAAAGUAUUGGGAAUUGUGGCGGGAUGUUUGUUGCAAGAUCACGAACAGCGAGGGGUCGAAUUUCAACAGUUGCCUUACCAUAGAAUGUUUAUAAUGCUAUUCUUGGAAUUAAAUAAUCCAGAACCGGUGUUAGAAACAAUUAACUAUCAUGUAUUGACGGCUUUUUGUCAUACUUUGCAUAUUUUGAGACCAUCGAAAGCAGCCGGUUUCUGUUAUGCUUGGCUUGAAUUGGUAUCGCACCGCAUUUUUAUGGGAAGAAUGUUGGCAGCUACACCACAACAAAAAGGCUGGGCGAUGUACGCUCAAUUAUUGGUGGAUUUGUUUAAAUAUUUAGCACCGUUUUUGAGGAACGCAGAAUUAGCCAAGCCAGUAACGAUGCUUUAUAAAGGAACAUUAAGGGUUUUGUUGGUGUUGUUACAUGAUUUUCCCGAAUUUUUAUGCGAUUAUCAUUACGGAUUUUGCGAUGUGAUACCGCCAAAUUGUAUACAAAUGAGGAACUUAAUUUUAUCAGCCUUCCCGAGAAAUAUGCGUUUACCAGAUCCCUUUACACCAAAUCUUAAAGUGGACAUUCUUCAAGAAAUAACUUACGGACCAAGGGUACUUGGAAAUUUUUCUUCAACUAUUACCCCACCAUCUUUCAAGAAAGAUCUCGAUAAUUACCUCAAAUCCCGUGCUCCUGUAACAUUUUUAUCUGAGCUACGAAGUAAUUUACAAGUAUCACAAGAACCAGGAAUGCGCUAUAAUAUUCCAUUGAUGAAUGCUCUGGUGUUGUAUGUUGGUACUCAAGCUAUAGCUCACAUACGUGGAAAGAAUUUAACACCGAACAUGUCGACGAUUGCGCAUAGUGCACACAUGGAUAUUUUCCAAAAUUUGGCUGUUGAUUUGGAUACUGAAGGUCGAUAUCUCUUCCUUAAUUCAAUCGCCAAUCAAUUACGUUACCCAAACAGCCAUACACAUUAUUUCUCUUGUACAUUAUUGUAUUUAUUUGCUGAGGCGAACACCGAAGCUAUUCAAGAACAAAUAACGAGGGUUUUAUUAGAACGACUCAUUGUUAAUCGACCACAUCCAUGGGGAUUACUUAUUACGUUUAUUGAGUUAAUUAAAAAUCCAACUUAUAAAUUUUGGUCGCAUGAAUUCGUUCAUUGUGCUUCAGAAAUUGAAAAAUUAUUUGAAUCUGUUGCUCGUUCAUGUUUCGUCCAAAAAACUCCAGUACAAGCGGAAGGUGAUCUACAAGAGUGAUAGUGUAAAGUGAUUAAUAAGAUGAUAAUAACAAUGAAGAUUAAAAGAUAACUACGAACAAUAAUUGUUUUACACAAUACAUUAUAAAUAACAAAUUGGUUUUAAUGCCUUUUAUUUUUCAGUUUUUCUUUUCUGUAACUGGCUGCUUAUUUUUCGAUUUUGAUUUACGUCGAACUAUUUUCAUUUUUCUUUCUAGUAGUUAAGUACCUAGUGUAUAUUAGUGAAAACCUAUGUAAUAUAUUUAUAACUAUUUUUAAGAGAUUUGCAAAAAAAGCUCUAUGUG